AUGGCUAGUUUCAUCAAUGUACUCUCUCGUCUUACUCCUCCACCGUUUGCUGCGCCAGAAGAGUACGAUGGCUUGGAGUAUAGGUGGAAACUAUUUGUCUUCAGGCCAGCUUACUUCAAGAAUGAGGUAUUCUUACUGGGAGCUCUCCUUUUUUAUGUGGCCUUCUUUUUUGUUGGCCAAUCUGUAAAUGCCAAAAAGGCAGAGAAAUGGGUAAGCGGUUACCGAGACCUGCUCAAGCGUCAGUUUUCGAACCCGGAUGUGAAUGGCCUCGUUCGAGAUGGACAUUCGGAUUUCUUUACCUUUUCCACUGGUAGAAGAAACGUUGAAUCCCUACACACGAUCUUCCGACUCAAGCCGUAUCAUGACUUGGCACAAACCGUAUUCCUGACUGUCUGGUCUCUUGUGGACCUUCAAUACAACCCCAUAAACGAUCUUCAACUGGACUUCAAGUUAUUUUCGUCCGCUCUUCCGCAUGAUUUUGUCUGGGCUGUAGUCGCUAAGGAUGAACUAAAGAACAUCAAGGACAGUAGAUGGGACUUGACAUUCACUAAAGCCUCGGAAAACAGUAAUCUACCUCCUAACAUGUCUAUUAUGUCAGAGCUUGCGGAUGUAACAGAGGCCAUUUUCAAGAGCACAGCGAUAUUGGAUGCUCUAAAGGACCCCAAAAUUGCUCCAUACUUUCGUUCUUUAUCUGUGACUGAUCAACCUCGCGAACGGCCGUCAAAACUCUCCAAGCCCGAAAAACACGUUAUCCUCUCCUUGGUCUGCCCUCCGUCGUCGCAUGUUGAUGAUCUCAAUGGCUUGGUCUCCGCACUUUUCCCUUUCAUCGAUUCUCUCACAAAGGUUUCCCUUCGUCCGGAGACCAAAACCAAAUUGAAAAAGGUCAGAGAGACCUUUGAGAAAACAUUGAAGGUUGAAGCAGAGCAAGCAAAGAAGGAAGAGCUGGAGCAAGCGCGGGAAGACCAAAAAGCAGCCAGACGCAAGGUCGAAGAGGAAAGAGUAUCUAAACUGAGUGCUGCAGAGCAACAAAAGAUUCUCGAACGUGAGCGUAAACGUUCCAUUCGUAAAAGCCAGGGCAAGUCCGUUCGGAAAGUGUGA